CACUUGUCGAGACGUGGGUUAUUUCCAAUUGGAAUUGCAUUGUACAUAGUUGAACCCAGCCUUUUCUCUACAGAAGUGAGAGAUUUCGACUUCAAUAAUCCCCAACCAAUGGCCAAAUUUACAAGGGAAUUAUGGGACUCGGAAAGCCGACGCAUUUGCAGACACCACCUUGAGGCAGGCUGUUUUACAACUUCAAACUGCCCUCUCCAGGAAAUUCAGCCUUGAGUUUUUAACGACGUGUUCGCCCUUCAUCCUUUGAUUUGGCUUCAGAUCCUGUCAUUGUUCCGCUCUUGAACUGUAGAUACUAUACUCCUCUUCAACCAGCAUUUUAUCCCUUUUCAUAUAAUCAAACGAUGGCUGCAGCUCCUAAUCUGGAGAUGAUGAAUGAGCAAGAAGCUCUUCAGGAUGUUUUGGAUCCAGACAUUGUUCCGGAACCUGUUCAAGCAGCUGUUAAAGGAAGGAAAAGAAGAAAUAAGUCUACUAAAUCUACUGAACCCAAAAAAUCUGCUGCUAAACCUGUAAAAUCUAAAGGGAAACAGGAAAAAAUCACAGAUAGUUUCAAAGUCAAAAGAAAAGUUGAUCGGUUUAAUGGUGUUUCUGAAGCUGAACUGUUGACCAAAACUCUUCCUGAUAUAUUGACCUUCAAUUUGGACAUUGUAAUUAUUGGUAUAAAUCCAGGUUUAAUGGCAGCCUACAAAGGCCAUCAUUAUCCAGGACCUGGAAACCAUUUCUGGAAAUGCCUUUUCAUGUCUGGGCUAAGCAAAGAGCAGUUGAAUCAUAUGGACGAUCAUACUUUGCCACAUAAAUACGGUAUUGGAUUUACAAAUAUGGUGGAAAGGACAACACCAGGUAGUAAAGACCUUUCCAGCAAAGAAUUUCGGGAAGGAGGACGUAUUCUAGUGCAGAAAUUGCAGAAGUAUCAACCUAAAAUAGCUGUUUUUAAUGGAAAAUGUAUUUACGACAUUUUUAGUAAAGAAGUUUUUGGAGUGAAGGUGAAAAAAUUAGAAUUUGGACUGCAGCCACAUAAGGUUCCAGAUACAGAAACACUUUGCUAUGUGAUGCCAUCAUCCAGUGCAAGAUGUGCUCAGUUUCCUCGUGCACAGGAUAAAGUUCAUUAUUAUAUAAAGCUCAAAGAAUUAAGGGAUCAAUUGAAGGGGGUUACAUCAGCUGCUGAGGUCCAGGAAGUGCAGUAUACAUUUGACUUGCAGCUUGCCCAAGAGGAAGCUAAGAAGAUGGCUGUCAAAGAAGAAAAAUAUGAUCCGGGGUAUGAAGCAGCCUAUGGAGGAGCUUAUGGGGAGAAAACAACCUCUGAGAAUGAACAGUGUACCUUCCCUGCAAAUGGAACAGCAACCAGCAUGGAGUACAGCAGUGGCUCUUCCUUUGGUGAUGUGCCCAAUGGACAGUGGAUGACGCAAACGUUCACAGAUCAGAUUCCUGAAUUUAGCCUCUCAAGACCACAAGAAGGAGGAAGAGUCAGUACUUAGAAUCAACUCUAUGUGCUACAGUAGCUUUUUAAUGCAGUUGUCAAGAAUGGUACCUCAGUUCUCCAACUGAAGCAUUUUAAUAGCAUUGUACCUCUUACUUUUUCUUAGGAUGAGUCAUUUUUGGUAGAUGAAUUAGAUUAAUUUAAAGAAAUGUCCUUUGUUAGAGAAAAGGUUUCUCUCCCCACUUUUUUUUGUAUAGGGUUUUUAUAGCUAAAAUUAUUCCAUUGUUGCAGUUUUAGCAAACUGAUUUCUCAUUUGUGAUGUCCAAUGUCUUGUUUUAAAUCUGUAUUUUGUAAGAUACUCUGUGGAGUUAUAUUUUUAAGGUAUCCCUCCCUGGGUGUUGGGAUAUUCCUUAUGUGUGCUCAUACAUCUGAAUGAAAGGGGGAAAAUGCUGAUUUAACACUGUUACCAAUCAGUAACAUAGCAAGAUAGUAAAAAUGCAAGCCCACCCAUUAAGAGAAAUAACUCAGAAGGAACUCCAGUUUAGUUUACCUCUCCUUUCACAAAGGGGACUAGAUUCCUAAUUCACCCUGGGUCUUAUUGCUGGUGGUUAAAUGUGAAAACUGCAUCUGUUGAAAAGUGUUGAGGUUGAGCCAGGUUAUCUCCACGUUUACCCUUAAGUUCAAAUAUAUUUUUCAGGGACCUAAUUCUGUAUUUUUCAUUUCUGGUUACUGUUAUUUCAGUUGCAGUUCCUCUUCCCCCUCCCUGUACCACUCUGCUUUUAAUUCAUUCCCAAAUGAUUUCGGCCAUGAGUUAUGUACUGGAUAUGGUGAUCUAUAGGCUUAGGUUGCAGCCAAUUUCAGAUGGGAUUGCUGGUGUCACUAAAUGGUUCACCUUGAGUAAAACGAUGCUUUCUAUGCAGUUGAUGUGACUAAUUUUAUAUUUAUCACUCUGAGUUAGGCUUAGAGAAGGAAAGAUGUGAGAACAGGAGUUGCACUAUUUUUUCUGUGAUGCUGCACUGUUCUGCUUGUGUAGAAGAGGAUAUGCACUGUUAGCACAUUCUGCAUGCUGUUCUGAAUUUGCAGCGCAGACAGACUGUGACCGUUGUCUUUCUAAAAACGAAGCUCGUACUGAGAAUGUGUGUGCUACCUAUGCCUUCCAUCCUCCUCCAGCAUCCUUUCUUCUUGAGGGGUAGAGAUAAAAGCAAUAAGAGAAGUAAACAGAGUUUUUCAUAUUCUAUUGGUUAGGUGUUUUGGAUACUUGAAUUAUGCACCAGAACUUUAUUUCCGUGUGUAUAUAAUUUAGAUAAUUAUUCAACUACUUCACAAACAGCUGGAAAUACUUAAAAUGUCUUACUCUAUUGGCAUUAGGAAGUAUGGGUUGAAUGGAUCAAUUUAAAGCAGAAUCAUAGCUUGCUAGUCACUUUGGAACUUUUCCAGAGUGUUUUGAUUUGCUGCUCAUUAAAAGAUGAGCAUAUUUAUGACUUGCCACAAAAUCAUGUACAUUAAUCCUCCAACGCAAUUCUCUUUAACAUUAAGAUGUGUAUCUAGUUCUGAUCAUGUUGGUUAGUCUCUGUGGAAAUUCCAUGUCAACGAUCUAGUACAUUCAUUUGUAGCACAAUCUUAUGCAUGUUUAUUCAAGUUGAGCUCCACUAUAUUCUACAAGGUUCACUUCCUAGUAAGUGUGCUUAAGAUUGCACACUUACGUGUCACUGUUUACAUGGAUACUUUCUUGCAAGCGCUUGAAGUGCCUUGCAUCAGGGAUCUGGAACAAUUUUUAAAAAAGAGAAUUACAGUAUUUUGCUGCAGAUCAUGCAUAGCUCGCUAUUGUGAUGUGAAAAGGGGAAUAACUUGUUUUGAAAGAAACAUCCAGGUUAAUGAGAAAUGAAUGCACAUCAGUUCUAGAAUAUGGUGCUUUAAAAUGUAUUUAAUACGUCUGAUCUGCCAUUUUUAUGCAAAAAAACAGGAAUUGUUAUAAUAUUUUCUGGUGCUUUAUUGUAACAUUGUUUAAAAGUCAAUGAUUAAUUGUAUUUGUGCUGUUACAACAACACAAUCCUAAAUUAUUUGAAAUAAAAUAAUGGAUGCUUAA